UUCCGUGGGAUCUGGGAAUGUCUCCUUUCCCUCCUCUCAAUGCUCCCUAAUCAGGAUGCAGAGGUUUAGGAUGAACAUAUUGACCCCAGGUUGGUGCUGCCUGUGAUGUGCUGGUAGAAGCUGGUCAGUCACCCCAUCUCUCGGCCCCCCUACAGUCCUGCUCCUUGCUGGGUCGCACACAGACAGGCUUGGCCCAUCUACUCUCCCAGGCUGCAGGAGCACCCACGGAUUAGGAGAUCUCCCCAUCAGCUGUUUGCCCCCAGGAAAUGCCACUUCCAAGGUCUUGGAUUCACUUCUUCAAGAUAUAGGAGAUUAUUUUAAACAGUGUUGGGACCCUUUGCAACCAGAGAAAUGCUCCAGGAGAAAAGCUUGUCUGAGAGUGAGGACGGGUUUACAGCAGCCCAAGCAGCUGGACAUGUGGAAAGCGCAGCGGGUUCGCCAGCACUGGGCGUUUCGGGGCUGAGCACCUCUCUGAGCAGCCCGCAGAGUCAGGAUCCAGAGCAGACAAUAGAAAAUAUCAAAGUGUAUCUUCAUGAAAAGGAGCUUUGGAAGAAGUUUCACGAAGCUGGCACAGAAAUGAUCAUUACCAAGGCCGGCAGGCGAAUGUUCCCAAGUUACAAGGUGAAAGUAACAGGAAUGAAUCCCAAGACAAAAUAUAUUCUCCUCAUAGACAUUGUUCCAGCUGAUGAUCAUCGGUACAAAUUUUGCGACAACAAAUGGAUGGUAGCAGGUAAAGCAGAGCCAGCCAUGCCUGGCAGAUUGUAUGUUCACCCAGACUCCCCGGCCACAGGAGCUCAUUGGAUGCGGCAGCUGGUGUCAUUCCAAAAGCUGAAGCUGACCAAUAACCAUCUUGAUCCAUUUGGACAUAUUAUUUUGAACUCAAUGCAUAAAUACCAACCAAGGCUCCAUAUUGUCAAAGCAGAUGAAAACAACGCAUUUGGUUCGAAAAACACAGCUUUUUGUACACAUGUGUUUUCUGAGACAGCCUUUAUAUCAGUGACCUCAUACCAAAAUCACAAGAUAACCCAGCUCAAAAUUGAAAACAACCCUUUUGCCAAAGGCUUUAGAGGAAGUGAUGACAGCGAUCUCCGCGUGGCUCGUCUACAGAGCAAAGAAUAUCCAGUGAUUUCUAAAAGUAUCAUGAGGCAGCGGCUGAUAUCAAGUCAUCCAGGGCAACUAUCCAGCAAGUCAGAUCUUAAUGCACUCCACAGUAGUCACCAGGGUCUGCAGCAUUAUCAAUAUGAAAAUGGUGCUCACAUGCAGUUUGCAGCCUCUGACGCUCAAGAUCUGCCUCUCAAUACCUUUACAGCACAAAGGGACUCCGGACUAUUUUAUCAUUGUCUGAAAAGAAGAGAAGGUGCUCGUCAUCUUGAACUCCCUUGCAAACGGUCUUAUCUAGAUCCUUCUUCUUCUAUGGCAGAUGAUCACUAUUUUAGAUCCCCUCCACCAUAUGACCAACAAAUGUUGAGUCCUCCUUAUCGCAAUGAGGUGACACCAAGAGAAGCAUGCAUGUACUCUACGUCAGGAGCUGAGAUAGGAGGAGUGUCAGGAGUUGAAGAUCUGCCUCCUCCACCACCUCCUCCGCUUAGCUGUAACAUGUGGACUUCUGUUGCACCCUACACUAGUUACAGUGUUCAAACAAUGGAAACUGUGCCAUAUCAGCCUUUUCCUACUCACUUUACCACCACAACGAUGAUGCCUCGUCUUCCCACAAUCGCGGGACAAGCAUCACAGGCACCGGGUGAAUCCCAUUUCAGUGUCUACAACCAGCUUUCACAGUCCCAAGCUCGAGAGAGGGUUCCUUCUACGUCCUUCCCUAGAGAAAGAGUCCAUCCUUCCCUAUGUGAAAGAAAGCCUCCAUCUCCUCACACAGCCAAUGAGUUUUUGUAUUCACAAAGCUUUUCAUUAUCUAGGGAAUCCUCCUUACAAUAUCAUUCAGGAAUGGGGACAGUGGAAAACUGGACUGAUGGAUGACUAAUGAUACCAAAGACAUUAUAUGAACAAUCACAUUUAUUAUCUUAAUACCUGUGGGUAUCCUGCACUUCAGCAAGUCUUUCAUCUGAGCUUGCUUGAUAUAGGGGAAAUUGAUUACUAACAGUAAAAAGACUUGUUCAAAAUAAGCCAUAACUGUGCCAUUUAUGGGGGUAAACAGAGAUGGCUAAAGAUGUUUUUCAAUUACAUUCUAUUAUGUAGGAGUCUAAACAAAAUACAAAGUGGGAAAUCACUACAUCUUUGCAUGCU